AUGAGCGGCGGCGGCGAGAUCGGUGAGGCGAGCCCUGGUGGCCAGCAAGUGCAACAUCAAGCGGUGGAACGGAUGACGGCAGAGGCGGAGACGGAAGGCGCGGUGACGUGGAGGCGCAGGUGCGGCAGAGCCGAAAUGGACAUUAGCCGGAGCCGUGCUGACGCGAACCGCGGACCAGAUGGGCCCGCUAAAGAAAGCCACCAAAAUGGAAAGACCUAUCGCUGGCUGCCAGGAUGGAAGCUGCUGUUGUCGCCGGUUGCUUCUCUGAAGGGUGUGCUCUGUCUUCUGCCUAUUCCUCCACAAAAGGAAGUAAAUAUUGCUGCAGCUGGCACCGUCACAAGCAGUUGUGCCAAAAUGAGUAAGAAUAGUAAGAAUAUUCAAGAGCUAAGGGAAGCACUGGAAAGGCAAACCAAAGAGACUUUGAAACUCCAGGAGGAAGCAACUAAGUGCUCUGUGGACUCCAUCUCACGUCGAGAAGGGUCUUCGUCUCCGUCCAGCGUAAGACAUUCAAAUGCUUCUACUCCGUUUACGGGCAGCCCGAAACAGCGGACCCCAAGUAUACGCAGCACCAUGCCAGAGCCCUGCUCCAGCACGCCCAGCAGCCCGCCCAAGACUCUGUACUCCAAAUUUGAAGGAGACGCCGGGAGCCCGAGGAGGGGCAGCAACCCUGGGAAAGAGCCUGCGGAAAACGUCUUUGAAGACUAUUCCCAGCAAGUCAGAGAUCUGCAGAAGAGGCUAUGCGAAGCUACAGAGCUGCAUGAGCAACAGAAGUUCAGUUUAAGGCAGACAGUCAUUGAGUUGCAGACAAGCCUCCGGGAGGUACAGAGGGAGAAAGACUCUGUUUGCGACCUCAGACGGAGAGAAUCCCAAACCUCUGAGGAUGUCUGCGCUGGGCUGCGGGCGACGAUCAAAGAGCUGGAAACGGCCAAUCACCUUCAUGAGGAGAUGCUGAAGGAAGCCAACAACCAAACCGAGCAUCUGAAGACGAUGGUGCAGGCCCACGAGGAAGUGCUCCAGGAACUCCGGGACAUCCUGGUGGAUUACGAGCAGCACUCCGGCAAGAAGGUCUGCGAAAACGAGACCGUCUCCAGUCUGCACAUCCGUACCCUGCCCACCGCGUUUAUUAAAAUCAUUCGAGAUCUCGAGGCAGAGGUGAUGCACGUCAAAUCGAUGAUCGCCCCACUGGAAGAACAGCUGGAAGUGAUGAAGAAAGAGUCAGAGUCCAAAACCCAACUUCUGCUUCAGCAGCAUCAAGACAGCCUUGAAAGAUUGAUAAGCGAACACGAAAUGGAACUGGAGGCGGUGAACGAAAAAGCGAGCGCCUCCCACAGCCACGCGUCCAACAUCCAAAGCCAGCUGGAAAUCAUUCAAGAACAAGCAAGAAACCAGAGUUCUCUGUACAUGCGGCAGAUCGGUCAGCUGGAAGACACAGUUUCUCAGCUGCAUUCGGAGCUUCGAGAAACAAGGAGAAUGUCUGAAGACAAGAUUGAAGAUCUGGAAAAGCAGCUGCUUCUGGCUCAUUCCGAGAUGUCCGAGGCCCAGAGCGAAAGGGAUCAGUUCAGUCAAGAGAGUGGAAAUCUGGACGAUCAAGUUCAGCACUUGGCGGCUGAGCUGCACAGGAAAGAUACGGAGCUAAAGCUAGAGAAGGAGCAAAAUAAGCGGCUCUGGGAUCGGGACACCGGCAGCAGCAUCACCAUCGACCAUUUGCGGAGAGAGCUGGACAGCAAGAACAUGGAGCUGCAGCGCAUGGAGUCCUUGGUCAAUUCCGUGAAGAAGGAGUACCAGGACCACACGGAACGUCAGAUGUCUGCAAUCAAGGAGAAGAACGAAAGCCUCGAGAAGGUGGCCAGCAUGACCGUCCAGCAGGAGUCCACCAAAGAGAUGCUCCGUAAAGUCGUCGAGGAGCUGACGGAGAAGACGAUCAGCCUGGAGUCGGCGGAGAGGCAGGUGGCCGAGCUGACGGUGUGCCUGCAGGAGAAAGAGAGGACGAUCGAUCUGACCAACAGCGAGAUCCAGAAGCUCCGGGGACGGGUGGACAGCCGGCUGUACGAGCUCCAGCAGCUGAAGAGCGAAGGCGACCACCUGCGGAGUCUGCAGGCCGACUGCGAGGCCUUCCGGAUGCAGCUGAAGGAGAAGGAGAAGGUGAUCGAGAUCCUGCGGAAGCAGAUCGACAACAUGACCCAGAUUCUGGGCCAGCAUGGUCGGACAGCUGGCGCCGUGGAGGUGGAGAAAGCGCAGCUCCUGAAGGAACUCCAUGACAAGAAACAGGAGCUCCAAGAACUUAAGCUUUCUCAGGACAAGAAAGAAAGCCGGAUUUACGAACUAGAGGCCAGCCUGAGUGAGAUGGAACUGGAGAAGGUGAAGGUGGUGAACAUGAAUGCCGGGUUGGUUCUGGAACGGGACGAGCUGGUGAACAAAGUAAAAUCCAGUCGACUUGAUCUUGUUGCACUUGCAGAGGAAUCUGACGUCCUAAAGAGUGAUUACCGACUCAGAAGCGAAGAGAUGGAGACGACCGUGAGCAAGCUGAGAGUGCAACUCAAAUCUGCCCAUAUGGAGCUGGAGCAAACCAGAGCCACCUUAAAGACCAUGGAAGGGUCCGACGGCCACGCCAUGAAAGUCGCAAUGGGAAUGCAGAAGCAAAUCACAGCCAAGCGAGGACAGAUAGACGCUUUGCAGAGCAAGAUCAAGUUCCUGGAGGAAGCAAUGACCAACGCGACUAAGGAGAAGCACUACCUGAAAGAAGAGAGGAACAAGCUGAGUCAGGAGCUGAGCCAUCGGGCCGCUUUGAACAACAAAAUGAUGGGGGAGCUGGAGAUUCUGCGGGCCCAAGACAAACGCAUGAAAGAGAAACUGGCCACCAUGGAGGCAGCCCUCGAUAAGGCAUCUAUGCAGUUUGCAGAAUAUCAAUGCAUCAAGCAGCGGCAGGAGCAGGAACUGAUGCGCUGCAAACUUCAGCACGCUUUGGAUGUAAAGGAGCUGCAGGGGCCCGGCUAUAAGCUGGGCUUCUCUUCCGUGAAGCUGCGCCACUCGACCGUGCCUCACUCCCACCCGCCCAGUGCUCCGUCCUCCCAAGCCUUUGCCGGCCACAUGAGCCACAUCUCGUCCAAGCUCAGCUCGGCGAAGGAGGACCCCCUGUGCGACUUAAAGCAACUUCUGCAAGAACUGCGGAGCACGAUUGAUGAAAUCCCCUCCGCGAUGCUUCCCAGGAGAGAAAGCGACAGCGACAGCGACUCGCUGCUGGAAACAGCGAGCAAUACUCUAGACCUCGCCAGCAAAGAAUGUAUAGGCAAAAGACCACACGACUCUUACAGCAGGGAGGUCCCAAGAAGAGAUCUAUCUACCGAUGUCUCCGUAGGACAAGAUCCUUUCAGCAGGGAACCUUUACUGUUGCGUACUGCAGACCUUGAGGAUCCGGAUGUGACGCUCACUUUCCCAUCCAGCGCGACUCAUACGAUCUUCACUUCCACUCCUCGGUACACCACUUCGAAGAGACGAUCUCCAGAGAGGUUCAAAGAGAGGUCUCCUGUACAUACAUUGUUAACAGCUCCGCUGGAUGACCUGAAGGCAGUUUCUGGGCCCUCUUUGGAACGUCGUUCCUCUCCGAAGAAGAGCAGCUCCCCGGAAGCCUCAACCACCUACACUCCGCUCUGCCCUCACCUCACGACGGUUCAAUUGACUGCUUUGUCCACAGCCAUGCAGGCAGUGGAAGUCGGUGGAGUCACAUGCCGGAAUUUACAGGACAAAGUGGAGAGUCUGCAAAACCUGGUGGAGACGCUACAUUUGGAAAACCAAGCAAUGUCCUCAAUGAUCAGAAGCCAGGAGAAGAAGAUUGAGAAAGCCAAGGAGAAAGAAAGGAAGCUGUCCAAAUGAGAGGAGGCGGGGCUGGAUCAUUCCGAUGUUUCUAGAUCGCACUCCGUUGAACACGAUGCUUUUUUUAAAAAA